CGGGAGGAAUGAGGUGCUGGGGGAUCGUUGUUAUGUCGAGGAAAAGCUUUAACCUCCCUUCUUUUUCCAUCGAGCUUUUCAAAGCCAGAAAGCUCCAGAAAGUGAGAGGAUCCCUUCCCUGUACUUGAUUUAAAGCUCGGCAUUUCCGCUUCUAAAGGGAGAAUGAACCUCCUGGAAUAAGCAAUAGAAAGUGAAAAGCUUCUUAUUCUCCCUUUAAGAACACUUUAUCAUCUCUGAUGUUAGCAGCGGAGAAGCAAAGGUGGAAAGAAUCCCCCCCAUUGCCCCCCCCCCAAGUUCCCAGACCAGUUCAGGAGUCCCGAGAGGAAACUAACUCCUCUUUUUCUCCUAGAGGAUCCUUUUUUGAAUGCGAUUGUAUGAUGUAUAUCUGCCCCUAUGUACAUUCUGGGGGUGCACAAUGUAUGCAGCCAGAGUAUGUAUUUCCUAAAUGACUCUAACUCUUCCAAAGGAUUUUUUUUGUGGUUGUAAAAACCACAAAACUUUUGUCCCAUGACCUGUUGACAACUACUUGCCAUCUUGUUGCUAGUUUGUGUCUUAAACAUCUUGCUUUGCCAGAUGCAGUUUUUCUUUCCUGAAAAUAUUUGCGUGACCCACAGCAUGACAUGCUGCAAAUGGUAUAGGGAUCUAGUACCCUUUGAAUUUGAUACAGCUUUUUAACAGGCUUUAUUAUGCUAAGCACCUGUUUCCCUAGACAUUUCUCAAAAGUACCCUUUUAGAGAGAUUGACUGCUGUGUUGAAGGUGGAUUAUUAAAAAAGAAUGAUUUGUGCAAGAAUAGGAUGGAAAAUCACAGUAUUGCAAGAAGAAUUAAUUGACUGAUGAAUGAUUGGGAAGUUUUAGGGUGUUGUCAAUAUUUCUGAAAUGACUGGGGCUAACAGUAAUAUUAUGAACCGUAAUGUUUGUUUCUAAAAUAAGAUUUUUUGAGGGAAAGAAUUUAUGGACAAUUUCUAUUUUUAUAAGUAAUGUCAAUUCAGUUUCUUUUAGAUAAAUAUGUGUACCUAGCAUUUAGUACAAAAAGUCUUUGGAGUGGACAGAGAACUGGAAAACUACACUAUUUUUACAAACCUGAACUUUUUUGGAGGACAAGCUAUACUCCUUUUAGAGUGUUACACACAAGCAGCCAAUACUAUAAAUGGACAAGAAGCAAAACAGAGUGGCAGAAGUACCUCUACUUCCAUUACUGUUUGGGUUACAGAAUUUCUAAAUUUAGCACUUCUAAGGAAUUGUCCAAAAACAAUCGCAUGUCACGAUUGAAGAACACUUUAGAAUCUGUCUCCAAGGCUGUGUCUGGCACUCACAGUGAACUAGUUUCACGGCUAGCUCGUCUAAAACCUCAAUCUGCUAUACUGAAAAAAUCGGUUGAAGCUGAUGGGAAGGAGAAUGGUUUUUUAAUCAGCUCAGAAAAAUACAGAGAAGUCCCAAGUGUCUAUCAGGAGGAUUAUGAUGAUAAUUUACAUGAAAAAAAGACUGUGUCUGCAGAUGGAAUCUUAGCGUCAGUCAAUACCAGUCAAGGUUCUUUGAAAGAUCCCUCAGAUAUCAAAAAUAGUCUUUUUCAUGUUAGCAAAUUUGCUACAAACUUUGGGGAAACAUACAACUUUGUAGCCCAUCAUAUCAACUGGUACUUUAGCACUGUUGGAAUGGAUCAAGAGAAGAAAGUGAGUGUUCUCCCCCCUAACCCACCCAAACAAGGUGAAGAAACAUUCAAUUCCUCAGAAGAUGACAUUUUAAGUGAUGAAAACAGGAUGAGCGCAGUAUCUGCUUUAGUACCUGCCUCACGGUCACCAAAUGCUGAAAAAGUCCCUUCUUCAAUUCCCAGUAAAAAGGGUAUUUCAAGUUUUCUUUCUUAUCCUAGUAAUAGUGUACAGGCCUUCGUGGAUAGUUACAUUGGAGGCCUGGUACCAAAAUUACGAUCUGAUACAAAAUCUGCUGUGCAGGAAAAGACUAAAGAACAGGAACAAGAGGACAUGUUGAAAGAUGAUAAGGAGGCUAAACGUGCAGAAGAGAAGGAAAAGAGGCUAAAUCUUCAAAGAGAAAAGAUUAUUGCAAAGGUUAGUGUAGAUAAUAGAACUCGGGCUUUAACUCAAGCAUUGCGAAGAUCGUCUACUAGAAGAGUCUGUAUCAACAGAGUUGAAGAACUGACAUACCAUCUGUUGGAAUUUCCAGAUAGUAGAGGCAUCGCCAUAAAGGAAAAUGUCAUUCCAUGCUUGCUGAAACUUAGGCAGACAAAAGAUGAAGCACUACAGGCUGCUGUGAGAGAGGCCUUGGCUGUGAUUGGUUAUACAGAUCCAGUUAAAGGGUGGGGCAUUCGAAUUCUUUCCAUUGAUGGUGGAGGAACAAGGGGCUUAGUGGCACUUCAGACUCUUCGUAAACUAGAAGAGCUCACUGGAAAGCCCAUUCAUCAACUUUUUGACUAUAUUUGUGGAGUGAGUACAGGUGCUAUAUUGGGAUUUAUGUUGGGAUUAUUCCAUAUACCUCUGGAUGAAUGUGAAGAACUUUACCGGAAAUUAGGAACAGAUGUCUUUAAGCAAAAUGUCAUUGUUGGAACAGUUAAAAUGGGAUGGAGCCAUGCAUUUUAUGACAGUGAAAUAUGGGAGAAAAUGCUUAAGGAACGAAUGGGAUCCGAUGUUAUGUUUGAAACAGCAAGAAAUCCUAAAUGUCCUAAGGUGGCUGCCAUAAGUACUAUUGUAAGCAGAGGAACACCACUGAAAGCCUUUGUAUUUAGAAAUUACAAUCACUUCCCUGGAGUAAAGUCUCACUAUCUUGGCGGUUGCCAUUAUAAAUUGUGGCAAGCUAUCAGAGCAUCAUCUGCAGCACCAGGUUAUUUCCAAGAAUAUGCACUCGGUAAUGACCUUCAUCAGGAUGGAGGGCUUCUUAUAAAUAAUCCUACAGCAUUAGCAGUGCAUGAAUGCAGAUGUCUUUGGCCAAAUGUCCCACUUCAGUGUGUGGUGUCCCUAGGAACGGGUCGGUAUGAAAACCAUGGGAAAACCAAUGUCACCUAUACAAGUUUAAAAGCUAAAUUGACUAAUGUCAUCAGCAGUGCUACUGAUACUGAAGAAGUUCAUAUUAUGUUGGAUGCCCUUUUACCACCAGACACCUAUUUUAGAUUUAAUCCAUUGAUGAAUGAAGAUAUUCCUCUGGAUGAAAAUCGUAAAGAAAAACUGAAUAAAUUGCGGACUGAUGGCAUCCGAUAUUUAGAAAGAAAUGAUGAGAAGCUGAAAAAAGCUAGCAAAAUAUUAUCACAGGAAAAAAAUAUUUUACAGAAAUUGAGUAACUGGAUGAGAUUAAAAGCUGAUAUGUAUGAUGGCCUUCCAAUUCUGUCAAAAUUGUGAAUAUGUAAAAUGUUACGCAUCAUAGGUGCAAAGUUGUAUAUGAAAAGGGUUCAAUAUUUGCUAGUCAUUAUGUAAUCAUUUUUUUUAUUUCAAUGAGCAAACAAGCUAUAUAAAAUGCAUUUCAAUCUCAGUAGCUCCUCAUUAGUUUCUUUGAUUGGAUCUGAAGGUCCUGUGUGCAAACAGAAGGAAGACCUUCCAGUCUAUUUCUUCCUUGUCUCCCAGUCUGUCACCCUCACGCUCAAUGUUUCUCAGGGUCCUUCAAGCGAAUAUUCAGCAGGACAUGAAUAUGCAGAUCAGUAAUUAUGAUCACUGCCGAUGCUUUUUUUUUCUAUAAAGAGAACACUUGUAAAAUUUGGGAUUUAAUGAUUUCUUGAAAUAUAUGAGUUUUCAGAACCUCACAUCAUUACCACUUGAAUAUAAGUGGUGCGGGUAUAUAUAUAUAUAUAUAUAUACAUACAUACAUACAUACAUACAUACAUACAUACAUACAUACAUACAUAUAUAUAUAUAUAUAUAUAUGAUGUCUAAAUUUGUGACAAUUAUGGUACAAAACUUUCAAUAUAUUGUGAAUGCAAAUAAAAAAUCAUGCAGUUUACAAAAUCAUGCUGUGUUUAUGUGUUAGUGGAAAAUUACAGCAUGAGAAGAACCAUAGCAAAUAUGUUGCUCUACAAAUGAUUGAGCCAGAAUAAAUCAAACUGUUUAAUUCCCAUUGAGAUUAAUGACAAUAAACAAUUUUAAAUCCAUUGGGAGUAGUUCAGCUAGUUUGCUGAUUGAAUUACUGUAUAUUAUAGACUUGCAGGAUAUUAUACUGCCAUUAAGUGUCAUGAAAAUUGUCUGAUGAUGAUUUGUGCAUGUAAACUGUUUCGUUUUAAAAUGUUACAUGUUUUGUAGUGUGCAAUGCUUUAACUAUUUUACUUUAUCCAAUUUAGUAUUUGACAUAUUGCAAUAAAAUCUGUCACACUUAAUAUUUAUUUUUCAAAAAAAGUUUUAAAAAAUUUCAAAGAUUUUGGUUCAGAACAAUUACUUUGCUGUUUGAAAAGCAAAUCUCUAGAACUGAGUCUUGUAUGAAAUAAAAUAAAUAUUGAAAGGUCCUCAUUGUCCUCAUUGUGUGAUUUUAUUUAUUUAGUUAUGUGAAAUCAUGCCAAAUUAUGUUUUCAUAUUUAAUAUAUAUAUCUUCAUAUACAUAUUAUUUAAGUCAGUAGCAAAGUAAGACUUUCCAGUGAGGAAAGAUUUUGGGCAUUUUCAGUUAAUAGGGAAGCCAUACGCUAAAUUAUGAAACCAUGUUGGCAGCUGACAGAGUGUCAGAAGGACAAGUCAGCAAGCUUUGGGAACUCUACCAUUCUGUUUUGUAAGCCAUAGUUUGUGUUUGACAUGUUAGUCAUUUGUGGUUUGGUAAACCAUGUUUCAACUGUGAUUUAGUGAAAUAUACUGUAAGAAACAAAUAAAUAGUUUGUCUGUGA